AUGCGUCUUUCUUUGUCGCUCUCCGUUCUAUCCCUAUGGAGUUUCAGCGGUCUUAUCCAAGCAAGACAUAUCACCGACAACAAUUAUCCCAAACAGAAUUUCAUACACCCUGGGGCGCUACAUACCGCUCGUGAUAUACAGAGAGUCAAGUCGCAUGUGGAACGCCAACAUGAACCAUGGGCAAGGGCCUUCAAGCACCUCGAGGCUAGUAAGCUCGCCCAGACUACCUGGGUUCCAACCCCACAAAAGGUCCUCGUCCGUGGCGCCAAUCCGGACUAUACACAGAACUACGGCUACGCCUACCGCGAUGCCCACUCAGCAUAUCAGUUGGCCUUGCGUUGGCUCAUCACUGGCAACACGACGUAUGCAGACGCUGCUGUAGUUAUUUUGGACAGCUGGGCUGAGACUCUUACGGAUAUUGAAGGCAGCGAGGACAAGUUUCUCGCUGCGGGCUUGUAUGGCUACCAAUUCGCAAACGCAGCUGAACUCAUUCGUGGCUUUCCCGGCUGGUCCAAGAAGAAGCAGAAGGCAUUUGGUACCAUGCUUAAUGAUGUUUUCGCCACGCAAAACCGCCUGUUCCUUGACGAGCAUAACAACAAGCCAGACUUCUAUUAUGCCAACUGGGACUUUUGCAACAUCGCUUCACUCUUGGCCAUUGGCAUUUUUAACGACAAUCACACCAUGUACAACUUUGCAGUUGACUAUUUCAAAUACGGGCCACCAGGCGGUGUCGUCGCUAACGGCGCUCUUCCGUUCUUCUCUAUUGCCAACUUCACCGAAGAUGGUACUGGCAAGAUCCUGAUGCAGGGCCAGGAAGCUGGUCGUGACCAAGGGCAUGCCCUGUUGGACUUUGCAUUACUUGGAGUCAUAGGACAGCAAGGAUAUAACCAAGGCGUAGACCUCUACGCCGUAUACGGUAAUGAGAUUCUCAAUGCUGCUGAAUACGCCGCCAAGUACAACACCAAUCACUCCGUGCCAUAUACGCCAUACCGCAGCUGGGAAGGUAUCCUGCCAGAAGUAGCAACCAAGGCCCGUUUCAAUGUCCGGCCCGGAUUCGAGGCCAUAUACUCACAUUAUGCUGAGGUCAAAAGACUUGAUGCGUCCUGGUCGAAGGAGUUCCGCGACUAUGUCAAUGCCAAUUUGACUGUCAAUGUUGAGGGUGGGGGAGGAGAUUAUGGUCCUAAUUCAGGUGGCUUUGAUGUCUUUGGUCACGGUACCUUGAUGUAUCGUAUUAAAGGUGAAUGA